AUUACACGUGGAUAUUACAUGUAUUAUCUUCUUAACCCUUCCUCCUCCUCCAUCGAAACACCUCUGCCCUAUCGAAAAGAACUCCAAAAGCCCCUGACCUCCUUCCCCACAGAAAACAUCUCAAAACCCCAUCAAAAUUUUGAUUCCGUGCUAACCCUAAUUGGAUUAAGAGUUCUCAAGCCGUCGCAGCGCCUAAGAGAAAGAAAUAAUAAUUUGAAUUCAGAUGAAGCUCAUAUACAAUUAUGGUGGAGUUUUGAAAUUUGGGAGCGUUACAGAGUAUGUUGAGGGUAAUAUACGUGUAUUUGACAAUUUAGAUUCCGAUAAAAUUGGGUAUUUUGAUCUUCUUGAUUGGGCAAAAGAGUGUGGAGAUUAUCCUCCUGUGUCUGAGAUAUAUUAUGCGAAACCUGGCU